AAGGCAACACAGUAUUCGUAAAGUCUAGAAGUGAAAGAGAUUUAAAAACAAAAUUAUAGUAUAUUUUUGUCAUUCAAAUCAUAAAAAAGUUAUAAUUUCAAACCAAUUAUGACUAUCAUAACGAAAACAACUGAUAAGAAGAAGCUGUUGCCAAUUCCAUCAGCUCCUUUAGCUGCACCAACAACACCAUCAUCAACUCAUGAUACCGAAGCAGCCGUCGCAUACGCACGUCAUCGUGCAAGAACAGCAACACUUCUUGUUUGCUUGUUAGGAAUUUUGGUUCUUUUGACAGGUGUUCUUGCUGGCGUUUGUUUCUAUCGUCAAUAUUUGCGCGAAAGAGUCCAAAGAUUGAAUUUAUACAUGCCAUAUGAUCAACAAGAUCUUAACAGCAACGAUAAUGUUCUUUUGAAUUCACGCUUUAGAGAUGGACCAACAUAUGCUGAUUCAUUCAAGACUCACGACAAUGACAGUGAUAAUGAUAAUGAUGAUGAUGACGAAGACGACUUUAAAAGUCUCCAGAAUUUCUUUAGACAAAUUAUGACACAGUUGAAUCGCGACAUGGAAGAUCCAACAAGAGACAUUAGACGUAUGGAAUCAAUGUUUCCACAAUUUGAUGACAAUAUGAUCCGUAAUAAAUUCUUUAAGGAGGAAUUUGAAAUUAAGGAUGAUGAAAAGGAAAGCUACUCUGAUAUUAAGAUUCCAGAUUUCAGAGAAGGACGUCGUGGACGAUUCAUUCAUGAUUAUAAGAAUAAUCAAACAACAAUUGUUGAUGAGGAUGCAAAGCGAUGCUUUAUUUAUCCACUCGACUACACAACAACUUUGCCACCCAAAUCAAUGUUGGAUGUCAUCAUUAAAAUGCAAACUGGAUAUUAUUAUCCAGACACAAACAUUCUUCGUAAGAAAAUGCGCGUCGUUACACCAGAAUUGGAUAGUGAUGAUGAAUAUGUCUCAGAAAAGAUUAGAUCUGUUUGCAGCAGGAUGCAUAUCUAUAAAUUAGAGCCAUUUGUUGGUGGAGUUUAUAAAAGAUCAAUCAUGUCAAUGACAGAUGAUGCUAAGUUUGCAGAAUUUGCUGGUAAAGGUGUCGUUGAAUUAGAUUUGAUCAAUUUGGACGAGAUCAAAGCACAGGAAACUUCUUAAAAAAAUUUUAAAAACGCAAUUCUUUUUGUAAUUUUGCUUGAUUUAGUCAUUCCUAAGAUAAAAAUAAAUACUAUCAAGUAUAGAAUGUAAAAUAACAAUUUAUGCCACUAUAUAACAAUUUAAUAAUGCAAAGAAUGUGAUUAUGACCUGAUCCAAUUGAGAUGUUUUUUGAAUAUCACUAAAGUUACUUUUAAAGAAAAUCAAAAAAAAAGUUUAAAAUUGUUUAUUUAGCUUCAAUUUUUAUGUGCAACAGAGGAUGUUCUCGAUAUUAGAAAAUAACUUUUUAUUUACUCUACAAACUCGAAUUUAAAUUUCUUGUUUUCAAUAAAAAAAAUGAAUAAUAUUAAAUGUUUGUGUUUUAUCACUUGAUUAGCUCAAUUUAAGUUUUUUUCUUCUUGGAGUUAAAUGCAAGCAUCACAAUUGAUAAUCAAGAAUCGAAAGUAAAAAAAAAUACUAUUUUUAUUAGAAAAUAUGAUGAGAAAAAAAUAAUAAUGAUAAUAAAAAUUCAAUAAUAAUGAUAAUAGUGAUGUUUUGCGUCAGAUAUGUGCAGGCGUGGUCAAAAUUAAUUACAAAUUAAACUUUGAACAUUCAAUUUGACAAAAAAAAAACAAUCUUUAAAACGAAUUUUCAACAAACCUUAUUAUAUGGGAUGCGAACCCUUUCUAAUUUAUUAAAGCACAGCUCAAUCCUUCAAUCUCGAUCUUAAUUUGCAAAGAUUCCGGUGAUUUUGUUUUUGCAUUUGUGUUAACAGUCGAAGUUGAGUAAAGACAAAUUUGGUUCGACUUUUAACUCAUUAAAUCCUGCAAAAUCAAAAUGUUAUCAAACUUAUUAGAAUUUGUGUAAACUUAAAUCAUCUUAGUAAAUAUGGUUAGGGUUUACUCAAGAAAACAGUUUUUGAAAUGCCCAUUUAGAUAAAGUUUCAACUUGUCCUCAAAACCAACAAAAGGGAUUUGUCCAUCAUUAAAAACUGAAUCCUUUGACCUAUUACUGAAUAAGAUCUUAAAUCAAUUAAUGAUUUUCAAAUAUCUAAAACUACAAAAUCUUUUCCCUUUACAAACCAUAUCUUGCCUUGAUCAUGCCUGUAUAUAAUCCUGAUAACAAUUCAUCAUUAACUAUAUCUGAUUAAUAAACACAAAAGCAAAAGAGUCCCAUAAAAACUUCUCAAAAAAAAAAAAUAAUAAUUGAAAUUAAUGUAACCAACCAAAACUGAUCGUGAUUGUAUUAAUGAAUUAUUGACGAUUAUUGAAUGAAAUUAAAAAUGUGAAUAAAAG